CUCCUGCCACGGAGCAGCGACGGGCCUGAGCCGGGCAGAACCGCGGGAUCGCCGGGGGCCGGGACGGGGGGGGGGGCGCGGCGCCAUCGUCCCCCACAGCAGCGCUGAGAGAGCCGGCGGCUCCUUUGCCUUCGAGCGAGCCGGCUGCGACGGCGGGACCCGCGCCCGGAGAUUUCCCCCCCGCCCUUCCCUGCUGCCCGCGCCUGCGAGGCGGCCGCUCCAGGGCUCCCUCCGAGCGCCCCCGUCCCCGCCGAGGCACCGGUUGCCGGAGGAUUCCCCCCCUCCCCUCCCGCCGCCCACACGAGCCGGCAAAUGAACUCGGUCCGAGCCGCCAACAGGAGACCCAGGCGAGUGUCCAGGCCGCGCCCGGUGCAGCAGCAGCAGCAGGAGAGGAACAACGCCGCCGCCGCCGCCGCCGGGGAUCGGGAUGAUGAUGUACCUGCAGAUAUGGUUGCAGAAGAAUCAGGUCCUGGUGCACAAAACAGCCCAUACCAACUUCGCAGAAAAACUCUUCUACCUAAAAGAACAGCUUGUCCUACAAAGAGCAGUAUGGAGGGUGCCUCUACUUCAGCUACUGAAAACUUUGGUCACCGAGCAAAACGUGCUAGAGUAUCUGGGAAAUCCCAGGAUUUAUCAGCAGCACCUGCAGAGCAGUAUCUUCAGGAGAAGUUGCCAGAUGAAGUGGUUCUAAAGAUCUUCUCCUACCUGCUGGAGCAGGAUCUCUGUAGAGCAGCUUGUGUGUGUAAACGCUUCAGUGAGCUGGCUAAUGAUCCAAUUUUGUGGAAAAGAUUGUAUAUGGAAGUAUUUGAGUACACUCGUCCAAUGAUGCAUCCUGAACCUGGUAAAUUUUAUCAGAUUAAUCCAGAAGAAUAUGAACAUCCAAAUCCCUGGAAAGAAAGCUUCCAGCAGCUGUACAAAGGAGCACAUGUAAAGCCAGGUUUUGCUGAACACUUCUACAGUAAUCCUGCAAGAUACAAAGGAAGAGAAAAUAUGCUGUAUUAUGAUACCAUUGAGGAUGCUCUUGGUGGAGUUCAAGAAGCUCAUUUUGAUGGACUUAUCUUUGUUCACUCUGGUAUAUAUACUGAUGAAUGGAUAUAUAUAGAAUCUCCAAUCACCAUGAUUGGCGCAGCACCUGGAAAAGUAGCAGAUAAAGUUAUAAUAGAAAACACUAGAGAUUCCACCUUCGUUUUUAUGGAGGGUUCUGAAGAUGCCUAUGUUGGAUAUAUGACAAUCAGGUUCAACCCUGAUGACAAAUCUGCUCAGCACCACAAUGCACACCACUGCUUAGAGAUUACCGUGAACUGCAGUCCAAUUAUAGAUCACUGUAUUAUCCGAAGUACUUGUACAGUUGGCUCUGCAGUAUGUGUUAGUGGCCAGGGAGCUUGUCCUACUAUUAAACACUGUAACAUCAGCGACUGUGAAAAUGUUGGACUUUAUAUUACAGACCACGCACAGGGAAUAUAUGAGGACAAUGAGAUCUCCAAUAAUGCGUUAGCAGGGAUUUGGGUUAAAAACCACGGGAAUCCCAUUAUCAGACGGAAUCACAUUCACCACGGACGUGACGUUGGCGUUUUCACUUUUGACCACGGAAUGGGUUAUUUUGAAAGCUGCAACAUCCAUAGAAACAGGAUAGCAGGCUUUGAAGUGAAAGCAUAUGCCAACCCAACAGUGGUGAGGUGUGAAAUCCAUCAUGGCCAGACUGGAGGAAUCUAUGUGCAUGAAAAAGGAAGAGGACAAUUCAUAGAGAACAAAAUCUAUGCAAACAAUUUUGCAGGUGUUUGGAUUACCUCAAACAGUGACCCAACAAUAAGGGGGAAUGCAAUUUUUAAUGGGAAUCAAGGUGGUGUUUAUAUCUUUGGUGAUGGAAGAGGCCUUAUUGAAGGAAAUGACAUUUAUGGUAAUGCAUUAGCAGGAAUACAGAUUCGAACAAACAGCUGUCCCAUUGUUCGACACAACAAGAUUCAUGAUGGUCAACAUGGAGGAAUUUAUGUGCAUGAAAAAGGACAAGGCGUGAUUGAGGAGAACGAAGUUUACAGCAAUACACUGGCUGGAGUCUGGGUGACAACAGGGAGCACUCCAGUCUUGAGGAGAAACAGAAUACACAGUGGGAAACAAGUUGGAGUUUAUUUUUAUGACAAUGGACAUGGCGUGUUAGAAGACAAUGACAUCUAUAAUCACAUGUACUCAGGGGUUCAGAUAAGAACUGGAAGCAACCCCAAAAUCAGACGCAACAAGAUCUGGGGUGGUCAGAAUGGUGGUAUUCUUGUCUAUAAUUCUGGGCUUGGAUUUAUAGAAGACAAUGAAAUUUUUGAUAAUGCAAUGGCUGGUGUAUGGAUUAAAACAGACAGUAAUCCUACACUAAGGAGAAAUAAAAUCCAUGAUGGAAGAGAUGGAGGCAUCUGUAUAUUUAAUGGGGGAAGAGGUCUUCUGGAAGAGAAUGAUAUCUUCAGGAAUGCUCAAGCUGGUGUUCUUAUCAGCACCAAUAGCCACCCUGUGCUAAGGAAAAACCGAAUAUUCGAUGGUUUUGCUGCAGGUAUUGAAAUAACAAAUCAUGCGACUGCAACAUUAGAAGGCAAUCAGAUUUUCAACAACCGCUUUGGAGGUUUAUUUCUAGCAUCUGGUGUCAAUGUCACGAUGAAAGAUAACAAAAUAAUGAACAAUCAAGAUGCCAUAGAGAAAGCUGUCAGUAGAGGCCAGUGUUUAUAUAAGAUCUCAAGCUACACCAGCUACCCGAUGCAUGACUUCUACAGGUGUCACACCUGCAACACCACAGACCGUAACGCCAUCUGUGUGAACUGCAUCAAGAAGUGCCAUCAAGGACACGACGUAGAAUUCAUUAGACAUGAUAGGUUUUUCUGUGACUGUGGUGCUGGAACACUGUCCAAUCCUUGUACACUUGCCGGAGAGCCUACACACGAUACAGAUACACUAUAUGACUCUGCUCCACCUAUAGAAUCUAAUACAUUGCAGCACAACUGAAUUCCUUUUCAGAAAGAAAGUCCUGCCAUUCUAAUAUCAUAACUAUUAAAACUUUUUUUUUGGAGGAAGUUACACUUGCCCAUUUCUGCAGAAAGAGACUGUAUUAAAGCGGAUGUGUGAGGUGUUGACACUAUGGAGCUCAACCUACCAAAAAAGAAAGUGGCAAUAUGUUGACUCAGGAUAACAGAACUGGGCGUUUUAGCAUUACUGUGUAAACAAAGACUUUGAAGGGACAGAAGUGAAGAAAAAUAAGCUGCAAUUUUGUACAGAUACCAACUUCUGAGAGCUGGUGUUUUUACAAGUAGCAUUGAAACGCAGUCCAAUUUGCAGUAGUACUAUUCUGUAGACAAGCAGCAUUCUUUGUUGCUGCCUUUAUGGACAUGGGUACCAAUCGCUUUUGUAACAUGGUAAAAAUGUGAGCUAGCACUUCUGCAUUUCUUUUGAUUUUUUUAACAUUUAUUCAGAUUGAGAAAUAUGAUUUUAAUGCUUUAAUCUCAUGUAGUUUGUUUCUAAUUUCAAGCAAAAAAUCUUAUUGUACUUGAAUGUGUCCUGUUUUGUUAGCACACCUAGACUUGCUGUAACUGUACUCAUGUCCCAGUAUGUACGUUCUUUCUAUGAAAGAGAAAACACUAAUCUUAAAUUAUAUCCAGCAAUUUUUCUGGUGUCCUCUGAAGUUAGAAUAAUCUCCUCCCCUGCCCCAGCAAUAGUCUGUACUCAAACCACCCUAACAAAAGAAAGAAAAGCGAGUGUUUUAAUGAGACUUCCUAGACUAUAAUGCACUAUAAAACAAAGUACCCAUGUAACUAAGUUUUGUGAAAGAAAUUUUACUAUGUUUUAAAGUACACAGUAGAAAGUCUCCUCAAAACAGUCUUGUACUUUUACUCUGUUCAUAGUUUUUUUUGAACAGUCUGGACAUUACUUACAUAACCUGCUGGAAAUCACAGCAAUUUCCUGCUCUAAUGAAGCUGAGACAAGUAUAUAUACAGCCCUAUACAGUUUCAUAGCUUUUUUCCAUUUAUGUGUAUUGGUGACAGUGGGUAAUCAACAGCCUGAAAGUGUAUGCAUGUACCAUAACAUCUAGACUUAAUAUAUUGUGGAGUACUCAAUAACCAUUAUGUAGAGGGUAGGUAUGAAUUAAAGGGUUUAAUUUCCUAGGAAAGACAAUGGAAAAAUGGUCAUUUUUAAAAAAUAAAGUUUAUUAGAUCAUAA